CACGUGUCGUCCCAGCGAUAUCAUGUCGUCCAUGGCACGACCACGACCCUGGGAAACUUCGACGUUCGUCCUCGUAUUAGGCUCCCUGCUAGCUGGUCGUGGUGGCAUUGAGGCAGUGGCUCCAUUUCAAUCUCGUCAUGUGCAGCACACGAGGCGCGGGGGGGCAGGAUGGGCAUAUCGGAGAGGAGGUGCGGCAGCCGAGGCUGCUGCUGCUGCUGCGGUAGCUGCAGAGCUUGCCCCGUGUGAGAAGAAGGAGGCGACGACGACAACGACGACGGCAUCAUUGCGAGGUGGAGUACAGCAGUCCUCGGGAGUAAAGAUUGCCGCCGCGCUGAGGGGAGGACGGUCGAUGCGCCAGACGGCAGGGGAGGAGGACGAGGAAAGCCAAGAUGACGAGGACCAAGUGGAGGACGAGGUGAUGAUGACCGGCGGCGAGGAGGAUGAGGAGCAAGAAGCGGAGGAGGUCGAAUCUGUUCUAUACGACGAGAAGGCCGUGGAGUGGAUGAUGCAGCAGCUGUGCAUGUACCAGACGCGCACGGCUUUGAUCUCAAACCCUCUAGCAGAAAAGGGCUAUAAACUGAGGGAGAUUGUACCGUCGCCCCGAGGGCUUCUCUGCGCGCUCAGCACGGAGGAGCGACGCAUGGACUGUCGGAUGUAUGUGGAAGCAGAGGUGGUGGCGCCUUGCAAAUGCAAGGGCACGCAAAAGUGGAUUAGUUUUUCGGCGCUGAACUCGGAGAGAAGAAAGGAGGCCACCAAAUGGAAGAACUGUCCCACGUGCCAGGGUCCCAUCGACUAUGCGCUGUACGAGGCGUACGGCGGUGGCGCAGGGAAGGCCGUUUCAGCGAUACUCAACAAUUCGAGAGCCACACGAAUAGCGAUUGGCGUUCUCGCGACCAUGGUGUUGUGGCUUCUCAGCCCCCUGCUCCAUUUGCUGAUCGUACGCGUGCUGACAAGCGGGGUGUUGUGGAAGAACUACCACCGCCUCACGUUCAUCGUGAAUCUACCGCUGCCGCUCCAGAUCAUGGGCAUCCGGUUCCUCAUGACGUGGACCAACGAUCAGCUGCUCUUGGUCGAAAGCAUGUUGCGACAGUCUCUGACCGACAUAGAAAGCCGGAUCCUGGAAUCAAGACUGCCAGUGACGGUAGAGGUUCGGGAGGACGGGGAUGAGGUUGCUGUGCCGUAUCGGAAGCCUUGAGGGGGGUGUUGUGGUUGCACCAUCAGCAGAGUGAAGCAAUGGCUGUGUGGCUCUGACAAGAUUUCCCCGUUGGACCUCAUUCGUGCCGCGAGGUGCUUGCUCUUCAGGGUUUGUGGUAUCGUUCAUUCGUCAAGCCACGGUCGAGUUUUCUCGUGUUCGAUGCUCCUGCUGCAGGUCUUCGCUAUGACAGGUCGUGUGUCGCCAUGCUGGUGCAAUAGUUCACGACGAAUCUUGCCGCCUCCGUUUGUACGGCGGCUUGAGACAUGAGGGGUGUCCUGAACGUCGUGCUUUCUGGAUACGGGACAGCAGUGGUGUGUUUGCCCGAAGUUGAGGGUGUUGAACGGCGAGAGGAUGGACCGAUAGCAAGAGAGGAUACCAUACAUAUCGUUUACUUUUCCGCGCAGACCUGUGUGUCCAGCUAUUCGUGUUGGACUCUGAGAAACACACAAAAGAGGGCAAUGCGGAGCAC